AUGCAUAAAUGAAAAGUAAAGGGCACGCAUUUUAAAAGUGCAAAAUGUUUCGGAAAAUGUUCCAAAGGGAAGAAUAACAAUUUGGAGAAACGUUUAAGUGGAAAUAUUUUAUUGUAAAAAGUAUUGUCUCUUCCGCUUUCGCGUUUUCUCUCUUUUUUCCUGUUUUUCCUUUUUUUUUUUUUUUCCACGCACAGCCUUGUUUUAUUUUCCGCAAUUUUGUUAGAACACAAACUCAACGUUGACUAAGAGAAUACCUUUUUAGCGCGUCACAAAAAUGGACAAAGAGCAUUAUCACGACCAGGAAGUUCUCCUGGAUGCCCAAAACAAUGACGACAUUCUGAAGGAGAACCAGUUCAGAUGGGUUAUGUUCCCCAUCAAGUACAAAACGUUCUGGAGUUACUACAAAGAGAUAGAAUCCCUCUUCUGGACAGCCGAGGACUACAACUUUGAUAAGGACAAGAAGUUCCUGGAGAGCAUUGACAAGAGUAUGCUCGUGAAGCUGCUCGAGCUGAUAUGUUUCUACAGUCUAAAGGACCUCCACGUAUAUGAGGAACAAGCUCUGAUAACGAGCAAAAUGCUGGACAUCAUUCAGAUCCCGGAAGGACGCGCCUUUUACGGCUUCCAAAUGUGCAUGGAAAAUAUCCACGACGAAGUGUAUGCAUGCAUCUUCGAAACGUACAUCCCAGACGCCAAGCAAAAACGGGCCAUCAUCAACAAAGUCAUACAGCUAGACAGUGUGUUGAAGAAACAAAAAUGGCUAACCGAAUUGUUCGAAACAAAUAUACCCUUUUACAACAAACUCGUCCUUAUCUAUAUAUCCAAAGUUCUUUUCAACGGAACGCUAAAUAUCCUCAUUGGAUACUGUAAAGAGAAUUCCAUGCUUCCCUGUUUGUGUAAUGUCCAUGAGAAAAUUCACCGGGAUGAAUACCUACAUGGAGAUUUCUCCGUUAUGUGUUGCAACCAUUUAAAUAACAAGUUAAAAUAUGAAAGCCUUUUGGAUUAUUUCAAAAUGGCUGUAAAAUUGGAGUACCAAUUUGCCAUAGAAAUGCUGGAGCUGUCCGUUUUGAAAAUAAAAAAGGAACAGGUGAAGUCUUUUCUGGAGUACCUAGCGGAUACUAUGCUCGUCAAUUUGAAGCACCCCAAGUAUUUUAAUUCCAAGUACCCCUUCACCUGGCCUGAGUUUAAUAAGAUCGUGGUGAGCGAGAACCAGAAGACAGAAUCUGUCAAGAAGACGGAGGAUAUUUACGGAGAGAGACAGAUCGUCCUGGACGAGGACUUCUAA